AUGACUCAGGAGCUUAUUCAAACCGAAACACUUUCACAAUUUGGCGUUAUUUUUAUCGUAUUCAUGUUAGGAUUGGAAUUUUCGUUAGAUAAGCUUAAGUCAAUAUGGCAGUUUGCUCUAGGUAGUGUUGCUAUGAUUUUCACCUUAAUCCUUAGUAUAUCGGGUUUUAUAGGAUUGAUUAUAGGUGCUAAAACAAAUGAGGCGAUUUUUGUGGGUGCAUGCGUGUCACUUUCAAGUACAGCUAUUGUGAAAAGAUUAAACUGUACAGAAUUUGAAUCAUUACACGGUUUUCUUAUAGUACAAGAUAUUUUAUUUGGGGUAUUGCUGGCUACACUACCCGCUUUUUCCAAAACUGAUCUUGAAGUUAUAAUGACAGCAGGACAUUUGCUAUUGUCAAUGAUAUUAUUUUGCAUAUUUAGCCUUAUAGUUGCAAAUUUGCCUAUUUCCUGGAUUUUGAAAACUAUUAAAGGGACCAAUAAACAUGAAUUGUUUCUCCUUGGAUCCAUAUCUUUAUGUCUGAUAAUGUCACAUGUUUCAUUUAUGCUUGGAUUAGGUGUUGAAAUUGGAUGUUUUAUAGCUGGCAUAUUGAUUGGUAACCACAAAUCUAUAGCUGAAUCUUCUAUCACACUUGUAGAACCCGUCAAAGACAUAUUUUCAUGUCUUUUUUUUUCAAGCAUUGGGCUUCACGUAUAUCCGAGCUUCUUUAUCAAUGAAGGAACAUUGUUAUUUUUUCUAACAAUUUGUGCAAUAGGAUUUAAGUUCGUUACUUGUAGUGUAACUUUAAUAGUAUUUAGACACACUUUUGAGCGCGCUGCCAUAAUGGCUAUUGGGCUAUCUCAGAUAAGCGAAUACGUUUUUAUCCUUGCCAGCCGUGCAAAAAGUCUUGAAAUUAUAUCAAGAGAGGUAUAUUAUGUAAUCUUAGCGAUAACUUCUCUAACUUUGAUAGUUACGCCUAUAUUGUGGAAUAUAAUCUUUAGAGGAAAAAAAGAAAAUCCAAUAGGAGGAUAUCGAUUGUUAGCCAAUGACGCAGACUCCAUAUCAUUACCAAUAAAUAAUGUAGAAAAAAUGGAAUAA